AACGCCGUUAGCGACAAACAAAUCGCCAACGCGGUAAUAUCGUGGCAAAACGACACAAGUAAAGUAAGCAAAUGGAUGGACACAGCUACGUCGUUCACGGGACACGAAUUCACACGAAGGGCGACCAUCGCUCUCAACGCCGAGAUCGACGAGCUGAACCACAAGAAGAUCCUCGACAUUGCCAUGGGGCAGAUGCCCAUGGUGCAAGAAGCCAAUAGUGUGCUCGAGACGCAGGGAACCUUUCAGGAUGUGGUGAAUGUGCUCCGGGUUAUGGUCACCGACGGCCCGGACACGGCGCAGGAUUCGGUGAAUGCUAUUAAUCAGAAUCGGUGUGUUAAUGUUCUGCCCAAUAUUGACAAGUACUUCGCUGCUGCCGGCUCUCCCAUGGUGAAGGCCACGAGACCAACCGGAUGUCUGGAGAUUGAG